AUGAUCAGAAAAAGAAAAAAAACUCAGACUCCCAUAAACAGUGAGAAGUUAUUUUUGGCAGAAUUGGAGUUAAAUAUAAAGGAAAAUGAAUUGAAUGAUUUAAAAAAAGAAAUAAAACAAGAUAAUGGAUAUAAUGGAGGUAUUAAUCAACUGGAGGAUGGAUUUAUAAGAAAGUUAUUAAUAAAACAUAAUAAUAGUUGUAGAUCGAUUUUAAAUACUGGUUUAUUCGGAUUUUUAAAGGAAGAAGAGAUAAAAGAGGCAUCUUUAGUAUGUAAAUUAUGGUUUGCAGAAGCAAAUUCUAUUAAAACUUUGCAAGAAAGGUACCCGAUUCAGUUAAAUAAAUUUAGUAAAAGUCAAAGAAAAUGGAUAUGGAAAUGUAUACUUAUUGGAGAAGACAAAUAUAAAUUAUGCAUAGAAGAUGAGAAAAAAAUAGAGGAAAUUAGAAUAAAAAAGAAAAGUAAAGAUAUUUUCAUAUCUUUUGAAAGUGAGUUAGAUUGCAUUCUAAGUAACCAUGAUGAAAUAUUAAGAGAUAUAUCCAGAACUUUCCCAAAAUUAAAAGAAUUCCAAAUAUAUGAAAAUCAGAAUAAAAUGAUAGAAAUACUUUUUAAGAUAUCAUAUGCAUUACCAAAUGUUGGAUACUGUCAAGGAAUGAACUAUUUAGUAGGAAUUUUCUUAUAUGCAUUGGAUUUUAAUGUUGAUCAAGUUUAUUCAUCAGUGAUGUCUAUAUUAAUAAAUUGGGAAUAUCAGGAAAUAUAUAACAAAGGAUUAAUUAAACUAAAAGAAAUGUGUUUUGUAUUUAAUGAACUUAUUAAAGAAUAUCUUCCAGAAAUUUAUGAUAAUAUCUUUAGUAAAAAAGAGAAUGAAAUAGAAAUAACACCCGAAUUUUUUGCUAUACAAUGGUUUCUUACAUUAUUUACUUAUGAUAUAGCUGACACAGAGUAUGCUAUAAAUUCAAUAUUCAUAUUAGAUAAUAUAAUCAUUCAUGAUCCAAGCAAAAAUUUUAAUAUUACAGUAUAUAAAAUAGCUCUAUCUUUACUUUGUAUCAUAUUUAAAGAUUACAACUUUAAAAAACUUGAUUUAAAUACUCAUAUUCUUGAAUAUGUAAGAAUCAGAUCAAAAGAAAUUUUAAUGAAUAUUAAUGAAAUCGAUACUUUAUUAGAUAUGUCUCGUGAUCUAAAGGUAUCGGAAUUUAUUAUACAAAAAAUAUAUAUAAAAUAUAAGAAAAAUACGGAAUUAAAUGAUAAUUUGAAUAAAAUUGUUGGUGAAUCUGGAGAUGAUUAUAAUAUCGAGAAAAAAAUAAUUGAGGGAAACCAAAAUGAUAAUUCAAGUAUUAGUAAUUAUUUAAAAUUCUCUGAGUCUUCUUCUCUUUUAAAGAGAUAUACAGUAAUAAAUAGAUUUGAGGAUUUGGAUGAGUUCCCUUCUUCAUUUCACCCAUAUUUUAAUAUUUGA